CCUAACCAUAUCAGACACACUUGUACAUUUUAUGGACCUUGUUAUUUGUGAAAUUGUUGUUAUUUGUGAAAUUGUUAACGACACUUGCCGUCCAUACAUUCCACAGGUUUUGCUCCACCAGUUUGGGCUUCGGGAGAACAGUGGAGGUGCAGGGAAACAUAGAGGUGGAGAGGGCAUCAUACGGGAGAUUGAGUUCCGGCGUCCUGUGACGGCAAGCAUCCUUUCCGAGCGGAGAGUUCUUGCUCCACGCGGAAUGGCCGGGGGUAUGGAUGGUGCACGUGGUGAGAACAUCUUGGUGCGAAACAAUGGCAAACGUGUUUACUUGGGAGGCAAGAACUCCGUGCUCAUCGCUAAAGGAGAUCGGAUUUGCAUAAGGACGCCUGGAGGUGGUGGGUGGGGAACCCCUGUUCAGCAGGAGAAGACUUCGCCGAGGUGCCGCUGAAGAAUGUGAGCCAAGUGCUUGCAUGGAGAAGAACUUUUAGGAGAAUGAUGAUGAAGGCGCUAGUACAGAGUUUGAGAUCUUCCUUUCAAAACACUUGUCAUGCAUGUAGCCCCAUCAGACAACUUCAAAAAAAGAACUUUAGACCUUAAAGGCUUAAACCCUAAACCCUAAGCCCAGGAUAUCAGACCGAAGACCCUAUGGCAUUUAUUUGACGCCCUACAGUUCCCUAAACCCUCUCAAUUGAUUCUAAAGGAUCUUUUUUAAGCCGAUGUCGUAAGCACAAAGGAAUUACUAUACUAUGAAAAUUUCUUUAGGAGUUACUUGUUGACUAUUUUUGAAUGCUGUUUAUGCUUUAGCAGCACGAUUAGUAUCAAUGUCACCUCUUCAAUCUUAAGUGUAUCUAAAACAAUCUAUGCAAUUGAUAGCAAAGAUCCUGACAAUAGAGCAGCAUAACUAAAAAUCAUCAUAAAGACCUAAAGUGCUAUUCCUAAACCCUAAUCAGGAAACCUUGGCUCAACUUUUGUACGCUUCUCCUGGAACCUGUUCCAAUGCCCUAAUCAAAAUCCCUAGCCCCU